AAAAAAUGACAUUGUAAUCUACAAGUGGAAUUCGAGUAAUUUUACUACUCUCCUCACUCGUCUACCGACAUUCUCCGGCAACGGCGAGAUCCACCUCCUCUUAACGCCGCCGUCGCUCGUCUAAUUCCAAUUGUAUCUCUUCAUAUUUAGAUGUCCGAUGAUGUGGAAAACCCCAUUGGUGAUGCCCAAAAAGGUUCAGCUGCUACUUCAACCUCCCCUGUCAUUGAAUUUCAAGCAACAUGGUAUAGUAGCUUUCUUCAGCAUGUAUCGGUCUAUGGUAUAGCUGCUGGGUACUGUCUGUCGGCAUCACUGCUUUCCAUUAUCAAUAAAUGGGCUGUUAUGAAAUUUCCUUAUCCUGGAGCAUUGACUGCAUUGCAGUACUUCACUAGUGCAGCUGGCGUUUUCAUUUUAGGUUCGCUUAAGAUUUUGGAGCACGAUAAACUUGAUCUAAUGACAAUGUGGCGGUUCCUACCAGCAGCAUUUAUAUUCUAUUUGUCUCUCUUCACAAACAGUGAGCUUCUUCUCCACGCCAAUGUCGACACCUUCAUUGUCUUCCGUUCAGCAGUUCCAAUCUUUGUUGCAAUAGGUGAAUCCCUCUACUUGCACCAACCAUGGCCGUCAAUGAAGACAUGGUUUUCACUGGCCACAAUAUUUGGUGGUAGUGUUCUCUAUGUCAUGACUGAUUACCAAUUCACCGUCAUGGCUUAUAGUUGGGCACUGGCCUAUCUGAUAAGCAUGUCCAUAGAUUUUGUUUAUAUUAAGCAUGUGGUUAUGACAAUUGGUUUAAACACAUGGGGUCUUGUACUGUACAACAACCUCGAGGCUCUGCUAUUGUUUCCGCUAGAGCUGCUAGUAAUGGGAGAGUUAAAGAAGAUAAAGCAUGAAAUAUCGGAUGAGUCAGAUUGGCAUUCCUUUCAAGUGGUUUUGCCCGUAGGCCUAUCAUGUUUGUUUGGUUUAGCGAUUUCCUUCUUUGGUUUUUCUUGUCGGAAGGCAAUUUCUGCAACAGGAUUUACGGUUUUAGGAAUAGUGAACAAGCUUCUGACAGUGGUAAUAAAUCUUGUUAUCUGGGAUAAACAUUCUACAUUUGUGGGAACAAUAGGGCUUCUGAUUUGCAUGUUAGGUGGAGUUAUGUAUCAGCAGUUCAGUAGUACUAAGCCUAAAGCUGCCAAAAAUGUUGAGGUACAAGAGAGGGAGGAGGAACAACAGAAGCUCCUUGAAUUGCAAAACAGCUCAGAGAACAGAGACAGUGAGAAGCAAGUUACGGAUUUGGCUGAGGAAAAUUAAAAGCAUGAUCGUUCUUUUGUUGCUUAUUCUUAUUAUUUAUUCCAGUACUCAGUUUGGAAAGCCGUUUCAUACUUGAUAGAAAAGCACAUAUUCCGAACGGAAAAAAUAUGAAUGAAAGCCAAACAAAGAGGAAACAUGGGGUUAACAUACAGCUAACAGGUGGGAGAAUAGCUCAAAUUCUUCGUUCAGUAAGCACCUGAGUAACUGCACAGUUCGUUAAUAUAUUUCUUUAUUUUUGUACAGGCCUUUCUUAUUCAAUAUGUUUGCUUAGAACUCAAAUUCAAUACCAUAUGUUAUUUGGUCAUUUUUUGUAAUCCGCAAGUGAGGUGGAUAUGAACCGAGGGGAGUAAAAAUGUCGAGAUUGUUGUUUCAAUCUAGGAUGGAAAUUCUUUUGUUAGUCCAUCAUAAACAAUAUAUUUUAAUUGUGAUGUAUCCUUCUUCA